ACCUGUCUAAAGGUCAUGUAGCGAUCACAGAGCAAAUAUACGACUUUAAAGUCACCGAGCUGCUGAACCGUGUCAUGAUCAACUGAGGGGAAAAAACAUAAAUAGAAAUUUCUUACAUGGAAUUUUGACACGAAGAGUCCAAAUGUCUGAAUCUGUGUUCUGUUUGGUGAUAUUUUUAUUCAGUACAUAUACAAUCAGUCUUCAUUCAGCAGUGUUUAUCAAUCACAGGGAUGCUGUACGGAUCCUGAGGCACCGAAGAGCCAACUACUUCCUGGAGGAAGUCAAACCCGGAGAUUUGGAGCGCGAGUGUUAUGAGGAGAUUUGCUCUAAAGAGGAAGCUGCAGAAAUCUUUCAGAGCAGAGAGAAAACAACAGAGUUUUGGAAUCGAUACCGACGUCAGAGUCAGUGCCGUGAAAAUGUGUGUCUUAAUGGAGGGAUUUGCACUGUAAGUGAAGGAGGUUACGAGUGUGUGUGUCCACCACGUUACACCGGAAAACAGUGUGAGAAAGAGGUGUUUGAGUGUGAAUACAAGAAUGGUGGAUGUUUGCAUUUCUGCAGAGACUCACAACCGGUUGGCUCAAGUGUCACCUGCAGCUGUGCUGAUGGAUAUGAACUGGAGGAGGACGGAAAAACCUGCAAAGUGACGGCAAAAUUCCCAUGUGGAAAACAAUGGACUCAGGGCAUUCUACAGCGCUCCUUAUUGGAUGAUCUAAACCACACCCACAUGGUGGAAAACCCCACCCACUACCCCACAAACAACAGUCUGUUCACGUCAAAUCACACUACGGAGAACGCCACUCACCCACUGCACAACAUAUCUGCAUCUGAUGACUCAGAUACCCGAAUUGUAGGUGGCAUGCUGCAGCGUCAGGGUGGAAGUCCGUGGCAGGUUCUGCUACGCAGGAAAGAUGAGAAUGGGUUCUGUGGAGGAACGCUGAUCAAUAAUCGCUGGGUCGUUACAGCGGCUCACUGUCUACAGGAAACACCUGAUCAUGUGACACUUGGCGACUUUGAUAAAUUUCGCCCUGAUAACGGCGAGCAGAGAAUCAAGGUGGAGAAAGCUGUCGUUCAUCCUCAUUUCCAUGAGUACACAUUUGACAGUGACAUCGCUUUGCUGUACCUGGCUGAGCCGGUCGUGUUCAGUUCGGUCAUCUCCCCUGCGUGCUUGCCCAACGCUCAGCUGGCCAAUCAGCUGGAGCGACCAGGGGAGAACGGCCUAGUGAGUGGCUGGGGUGCAACCCGCUACCUCGGCCACUCUUCACGCUUUCUGCUGAAAGUGUCACUUCCUGUAGUGGACCAGAACGAGUGUAUGGAUUCCACUGAUCAGGUGAUCACCGACAACAUGUUCUGCGCCGGAUUUCUGCAAACAGAGAAAGAUGCAUGCAGUGGUGACAGCGGUGGACCGUUCGUAGUGAACUACAGGGGAACGUGGUUCCUGACUGGAGUGGUGAGCUGGGGCGAGCAGUGCGCUGCCGAAGGAAAAUACGGUGUGUACACGAGAAUCAGCAACUUCCUCUACUGGAUACAAGACGAGAUGAAGAAACAGGAAAAGACAAUCAGCAAGAACACCAAACAAACCAACACCAGUUAGACCUAGCUCUCUGAUUCAUAUCUAUUUUUAAGUGAGAUUAUAUCCAUACAGUGUUAUAAAAACAUAAUUCUGAUAAUAUUAUUGCCAGAUGUUUGUAGUCACACUUUUUAAUGAAAGCAAUGUAGGUUUUCUGUUUUGUGCAAUCAGUAUAUUCACUCUACUAUCUCUGAUCUUAUUUUAAAAUUCAGGACCAGGAACCAGAAAUAAAGAUCACGUACAUGGGAAACAAGUAGAAAAUCAAAAAUACUGAAUUAUGAGUGUAAGCAGUUAUUAAAUCAUUUUAUACCACAGCGCUGUUGAGUGCAUGAUUCUGAUUGGUCAGAAGGUGUCGAUUAAUUUUCUACAACAGCAGCUCUGACAAUAGUUUUGUCUGCAAGCUUUUUACUAAAGCUCAUUCGCAGCGACGCUCUGGUGGACGCACCACAUAAAUGGAUUUUUUAAAUGUGUGUAAUCGUUGAUAUGGUGACGUCUUGUUUAAGGAGAAUUUAUUUUAAAAAAUUUUUACUAGGAAUUUUACAAAUAAUCAACUCUGCUUCGUGUCGGGUCCCAGCACAUCACCCCAUUGUUGAUUAUUUUCCUGUAACAGCAUAUUAAAGUGUUUUAUUCCUUACAGAUAGCGUCUCUUAAUAUCCCAACAUACAUCAGCAGCAGUGGAAUACCUUGUGUGAUCACUUCUGAUUUUUUCACAUGGCAAACAGUGAAGCUUGUUGGAGUUGAAGAGGCUCUUAUAAUGUGAAUAUUGAGAAAAGGGCAGAACCAGCAGCAGUGUCACCAGCUUAGAUGGUUUAUAAAUGGAUAAAGAGCAUAAAUGGAUAAAAAGUGUUGUUCUGGAAUAAAUAAAAAGAGGAAAUUAUUGACAAAUUGUUGUGGUAUAAAAGGAAUAAAACACUUUGGGACAUGCUGUUAUAGCUGUUUUAUUCCUUAUUAGUUGUUAAAGCAGUUACUUCCAUCAGCAAGAUGUUGAAAUUGCAUUUUGUUCUGUUUCAUAAAUGUCACGCGAACCGUUAAACGGGGUCCAGAGAUGUUGGUCUCGCAAUUUAUUCAAAUUUGUACUUUGUGUACUUUCUAAUGAGCUAAUAUCUAGAUCUGAUGUGAUUUCAAAUUUUGCAGUUACAAAUUUUUUGCAUUAAAAAUGACAUUAUCAGCAAUAGCUUGAGUAAAAAGUAGGAUGUUAAAAAUAUUUACAUGAAUUUCAGCUUUUUUUGCUUCCACAAGUUUGUGUAAAACCUGACGAUCCAUGUUAGAAUCCAUCAAAUCCAUCAGUGUCUCAUCUGAAAACGUGCUUCAAUAGAAAAGAUAGAACUCAUUAAAAUAGCUGAUGUUU